CACAAUUCCCUCACCCCCCCCCCCCCCAAACACCUAAAAAACCAAACCCAAAAAAGGGAACAAUCCCAAAUUUCUUUAUCCAUGGAGAGUAGUUGUAACAGUGAAGAAACAAGAACAACAUUAGCCACAUUAUCAAGAAAAGAUCAGAAAAAGACUCAAAAAAACUCCAAGAGGCAAAAGAGAAGGAGAAAUAAUGUGAAGAAGGUGUUAAAAGAAAGUAGUAGUAAUUGCAAUACUGAUAAUGCAGGGAAUAAUCAAGAAGAAGAUGAUGACAAGGCUGAGGUGGAGGAGAAAAUCUUGGCAUUACAAAAAAUAGUACCAGGAGGAGAAUCACUUGGUGUUGAUAUGCUCUUUGAAGAAACUGCUGGUUAUAUUUUGGCAUUGCAAUGUCAAAUCAAAACACUCAAAGUUCUUGCUACCUUUGUUGAAGGUUCUGACAAGGAAAGGAUGAAGCUUGGAGGUUGAUGUUCAACUUCUUUUCUCUUUUCUUUUUUCUUUCUUUUCAUGCUUGGUAAAAAAAGAUAUUUUGCGUUCAUGUAAGGUCCAAGAAAAAAUUAACUCCAAAGGGUGUGACGUAGACAGUCUACCCUAAUUCAAACAUUAGUGACGUCAUGCUUGGUAUUGGUACAUCUUGGUUGUCCAUCAAAGACCAAGUUAGCUUCUUUUUUUAUUUUUGUUUAUUGUUUUGCCUAGUGAGCUAGCUAAGGACAAGGGUUGGUGAAAAUUAAACUUGCACCUUUACUCAAUUGUUUGGUUCUUUGUUCUUUUAUUUGGAUCUUAGGGAUUUCAGAUAGGGAUUAAUUAAUUUAAUUUUAAUUUUACUUCUUCAUAAUAUUUGUUCAUGCCUAAGUGUUACACUUUGGAUGGAUAUCUAAUAGGAAUAUGUAUGAAUUGGCUUGA